UCAGCCUGUGUCAAGCACGCAGAUAAGAAGCUGUCAAACAUUGUCUAGGCGCUACUGAAAACAGAAAUAAAUGUGAUCUGAAUGCCCUUAAAGUUGGGUGAAGUCAAGUUCUUCAGCAUUCAACUCUGUAGUACAGUCUACUUUCAUCUUUCUUUCAGAAGUAAUAGGCCCAUAUGGAUGCUACAAGGCACAGCUCCUUAGAGCUGCCGUAUUUCACAUGAGAAACAUCACCACAUCCUAUCUGCAUUACAGUUAUUCAAGGUCUCAAGACAAUUUUCACAAACAUUCAGUAUGUUUGCUUUGCUAUACUGAUCAAAUUUCAUUUCAAGCUCUUUCUACUUCUCACAGCAGUUUGAAAUGGAAGAUGAGGUAUUUCUAAAAUACUGUGCAGCAGAUGUUGUAACUCAGGAGUGGGUAAAGUAGCUCCAGGAAAACAAAAGAAGUGAGAUAUAAAGAAUGAACUGUUUUCCAGGUUUUUCUGUUCAUUUGCUGUGCUAUGUUGUGGAAGUGGCUUAUACUCUCAUGUCCCAGCACUGCUAGUUGUUGAAAGGAUAUAUGUUCCCAGAGGACUUUCCAGAGUCUAAUUUUUUUUUGUUUUGAGAAAAGCCCUGUGAAACUGAUGAAAAAAAGCCACAGAAGGAUACAAAAUUUUUUAGUCUUUUAAGGUCUAAUCAGAGGGCCACUGAAGUAGUAAAAAAGACAUCCAUAAUGACUUCAGUGGACCUUAAAUUGGACUUUUAGUCAGCCCUCACUCACUGAGUUGCAUGCAUUUGUCUUUUCCUCUGCUCUGUUUCAAUGUCAUGACCUACUUGCAGGGGAGCAUUCCUGGGGAGAGCAACACUACGCCUAUCAGCAGGAGUUGUUUUCUUUCAUUAGCAAUUGAAAUUAUUUUUCUUUCAACUCAAAAAUUACUUUAGAUUACAUUUUUAUAUUCCAAUAGCACUAAAAAAUUCCAAAAAAAAUAAUGAGCUGGACAGGCUUAGCAAUGUGAAAAAUAAACUACAAAGGAGCAUACACUGCAGACAUUUAAAAUCUAACUAACAUCUACUGUUAUUCUGGUCUGGUUCUACUACAAAGAGUUAAACCUUCUGGAGGCUGGUGGGUUUCUUGUUGUGCCAUCUGAAGAAAGGAAAAAGAAAAAAAAAAAAACAAAAACAACAAACCAAACCAAAACAAAAAACAACCGUCACAGUCAGUUAGCCACAGUAGACUGAGUUCUCAGGAGCACAUCUGCAAAUUAAGAAGAUAGGUUCCCCUCCAUCAGGCUGUCUCUCCAUGCUACAAGCACCCUGUGCUGUCAGAGAAGAUUCCCCAAAGUGCUCACAUUUGAAUCCCACUUACAUAGAAAGAUUUCAGAGGAGACGCAAAAAGGCCCUAUCAGCCAGAUAUUGAUCACAGGAUGGCCCAGUCAGCAGAUGAAAUGUCAUUGCAGGUGGUAUCAGCUGUCAGUAAUUCGGCCUUGCUUCAGCCAGGCUUCUCUCUCCUGAAUUUUCAUGGGGAUGUUUUCUUUUUUGGACAGAAAGGAUGGCCAAAGAGAUCCUGUCCCACUGGUGUUUUCCUCCUUGAUAUAAAACAGAAUGAGCUCAAACUGAAACCUGCCUUCUUCUCUAAAGAUUCCUGUUACCUCCCCCCUCUGCGCUAUCCUGCUCUUUGCACACACAGAGGCAAUGCAGAGCCUGAUGAGUACCAGUAUAUCAUUCACGGUGGGAAAACACCUAACAAUGACCUUUCUGAUAAGCUUUAUGUUAUAAGUCUGGUAAGCAAAAAUAGCAAGAAAACCACGUUCCAAUGCAUUGAGAAAGACUUGGGUGGAGAUGUCCCUGAAGCUAGAUAUGGCCAUACAAUUAAUGUAGUUCAUAGCCGGGGAAAAAGCAUAAGCGUUGUAUUUGGAGGGAGAUCAUAUACUCCUCUGGCACAAAGAACCACUGAAAAAUGGAACAGUGUAGUUGACUGUUUGCCAUCUGUGUUUCUCAUUGAUUUUGAGUUUGGAUGCUGUACAUCAUACAUACUUCCAGAGCUUCAAGACGGAUUUGCUUUCCACGUUUCACUUGCCAGAAAUGAUACAGUCUACAUUUUGGGAGGCCAUUCACUUCAAAAUAACACGAGAUUGCCUAGCUUGUACAAGCUAAAAGUUGAUCUCCCACUGGGCAGCCCAGCUGUGACCUGCACCAUCUUGCCGGGAGGGAUAUCUGUGUCAAGUGCUAUAGUGACUCAAACCAGUGAUGAUGAAUUUGUCCUUGUCGGCGGGUACCAGUCUGACAACCAGAAACGGUUGGUGUGUAACACCAUAGUUCUGGAAGAUAAUAAGAUAGAGAUUGUUAAAAGGGCCAACCCAGACUGGACACCAGAUAUUAAACAUUGCAGGAUGUGGUUUGGCUGUGAUAUGGGCAAAGGGUCUGUAUUGCUGGGCAUUCCAGGGGCCAACAAACAGUUCAUCUCAGAUGCAAACUACUUCUACAUUUUGAGAUGCAAAGGAGCAGAAAAGGACAAGGAGGAAGAACUGACAGCACAAAUUUGCAGUCAGACGUCAACUGAAGACCCUGGAGACUCCACUCCAUUUGAAGAUUCAGAAGAGUUUUGUUUUAGUGCUGAGGCCAAUAGCUUUGAUGUUGAUGAUACUGACACUUACAAUGAAGAUGAUGAAGAAGAUGAAUCAGAAACAGGCUACUGGAUCACCUGCUCUGCCAGUUGCAAUAUUGACAUCAACACCUGGGUCCCUUUCUAUUCAACAGAACUCAACAAGCCUGCAAUGAUCCUGUGUUCCAGCAGGGCUGGCCACUGGGUCCACGCACAAUGUAUGGAUCUCUCAGAGAGCAUGCUCCUACAUCUCUCAGAGUCAAAUGUCAAGUACUUCUGCAAUGAGCAUGUUGACCUUAAUAAAGGGCUACAAACUCCCAAAAAAGUGGUGCACCCAAAAAAGCAACCUAUGAAACCAUUGCGCAGAAAAUCAAUUAUGAAGUUAACAGCACCCAUGAAAAAGUCGUUUCUUCGGAGAUUGUUUGAAUAGAUUUAUGCUGCUGAUUUGUAUUCACCUGGGAAGAGGUAAAUUCACAUUCAAAGACAGCUAGUAAUGGUUGAAACAGAAUGGGAUAUUGAAGCUCAAACAGAUAUUUCUAGUCAAUUGAUUUCAAUUAUGUCAAUAUUUCAGUUACAUUUCAAAGUUCAUGAAUUUAUUUUGUCUCUUAUGUGUAGUUUUGUAACAUCCAGAUAGGAACCCCGUCAUAGGGGGCAUUGUGCAGACACAUAGCCAGAUACUGGUAACUUUGUGCUAUAUUUUAUGCCAUAACUUACUCCUCAGUUAUCCCCAGAGAGGUUAAUGGAACUGCCAGUAGUAUAAGACAUUAUCCCAUGUACUCAGUGGUGUUAGCAUGUGUCCAUAAAGAGCAGGAUAUUACCCUUUUUAUUUUUUUAAUUUAGUGAGUAGUUCUAUAAAUAUUUGGCCUAAUUUAUUAUUACUCCAAUUUUAUGUUGCUAUAAUGAAAUAAAAUUAGUCUAAUUACUCUGUUUUUAAAUUGAAGUGGUGGCUAAAGUCCCUUGUGUCAGAAAUAAUGAACUAUUCAGGUGCUGAAGGUCAGUUUUCUUUGUGGACUUCCAUUAUAGAAAGUUUACAUAUAGAGCAUUUAAUUCUGGAUAAUUAAUUUUUGAUGUUGAGAGGUACUGAAUGAUUGCAUGUCAGUUUUGGCUACAGUUGUGGAGUAUCAUAGCAAAAAUCAAAUUGUUUUUUUAAACCACUGUGCUCAACAACUUGUUUGUAUAUUUAAAAAUUUAGUGAGCUAAUAAAGUUUAUGAUAAAAAUUACUGCCUUUUUUUUUCGCAUACAGGGUAAAUAAAACACUAUAAAUCCCAAAUUCUACAAAAGGACAGCAUGUGUGCUUGGGAGGUCCACCUGAAUUCUGAUAAGGGGUCUAGCUUCACAGCCACCCCAUGCUGUGAGCUCCCACUGACUUCAGAAGUUGUUUCUUCUGAAGAACAGGACUUCGAUCAUUUACUCCAGGUCCUGCACUAUGCAUUUCUUUCUCUGCUCUCCCAGGGUGACUGUGUAGAGUGUGAAAGCUUAGAAGUGAAAGCUGUAGCUCGGAGUGACUGGUUGAGACAGUGGAGCAUUUUGAGAGUGGAAACAAAUGCAACUGGCUGCUCAAAGGACAACGAGAAUAUUGGAUUCAGGGUGAAAAGGACGUUGUCGAGGUUGAAUAGCCCAAGAGAUUACUGGCUUUUUCGUGGAUUCUUUUAUUGACUAUUUGUAAAACCUCAUAAUUCUUGACUUUAUUUUUUUAUUUCUAUUACCGUUCCAAAUGUAUUUUUAAAAAAUCAGCUCAACAUUUGUGAGCGGUGAUAAUAGCUCAGUACUCACAGUCCAGGUCUCAUGGCAGACCCCUGAAUAAAAAAGAAAACCAGGAGCAGCUGUCAGCCAUUUGAUCGCUGUGUGCAGACCCUGAGCAGCCACUCUUUUAUACUGUAUGUGUAGCAUGUGUAGCAGAGUAUUCCUGUCAACACAGACAGGUAUGCACAGUACUCCUCUUAAAACCUUCACAACUAAGUCAACAGCAGAUAAAGGGCAACCAUAGAAAUUUUCUAUUUCCAAGCUUUUCGUGUGCUGAGAGAGGCUAUAGUUUAGGCAGAGCUUAUAAAUGGGAAGUAUCUCACCUUGACUCCCCUCUCACCAGCUUGAUAUUGCUAUAAAUUCAUAGAGUUCAAUGCCAACUUCCUGUUUCCUUUGUCAUGCUACUUUACUUAAGCUCAGAGUAUAUAGUGCUAUAUGUUUUUCAAAGGAAUAAAUUAAUAUAAUGCCCAUAUAAAGUCCCUUCAAACUGAUGAAAUUCAAUAGUUAAUGUCUUUUGUAGGUUAAUUGUAAGUCUUACUCAGCUGAAUUGUCAUUAAAAUAUAUAUUUAUCACACACUCUUCAUACACUUCAUUUACAUUAACCAAAGAAAAAAAAAAAAACCACACCACACACACAAAAAUUAAAGCCACAUCAUCACAAUACUAGCAAAGGGAGACAAUAUGCUCUCACAAAAAAGCUCCACUCCCUGCCCCUUCACCAUUUAACAAGAACAAGACUGCCCACAAUUACUGAACUCUCUGGCAAUGCCCAAUCGUGUUUUUGCCUGUUACUUCUCCCAGUUACUAUCAUUAUAUCAAAUUCCUCAGAGCCCACAUUGCGUGACAAAUUUGUCUGAUAGUACAGACAAAUAAAAUGGUGGAAAUGUUUUCCAAAGGGAAAGCUUGAUACUGGCCUAGCAAAAGUGACAUUCAACCUGAGAUAAAGCCUGAUGGCUGAGGCUCUGGUGGUGUGGUUACCGUAUGUUGUUGCAGUAUCUCUUGAGUUUGCAGAACUGACUCCUGAAGCUGCAGGGACUCCCUGAGCUCCUAUGAGCCGAGGGCAGGUACACUCAGUACGCAGUAAGCACAAGAACAUGUUGCAGCCCCUUUCAAUUCUUAUCCGAGUUGUUCUCUUCUUUAAGGCUGUGGCUAUGAAAAAGGCAAUUCACAGUCAGGCAUUACAAUCUGCCUUAUCAGACCCAUAAUGUUAAUGUAUCGUAUGCUUGAGCUGUGUUUUUUUAAAAUGCAUGACUUAUUUGUGUAAGUGGGAGAAAUUGUUAGGUCAAACCAUAUCCCAGCCUCAUAGUGAAGGGCAGUACAAGCAGCAUUAAUCACAGCUCAGAGGCUGUAGCCACUGCAGAAGAAGGAAGUCAAAGUAAAAUAUCAUAUUCCAAAGGACUCAAACAUAAAGAGAUAUAUAUGAACAUCAGCCUGUAAAGAAGACACUUGACAUAGUGUUCAAGACUGCAGAAUCAACCCUGAUAAUUCUGUUGACACUUUUGAGUCAUGUACUUGUUAGAGCAUUGCUUGUCUCAAAACCAACUAAUCAAUAUGAGAUGUUUCCUCAUCAGGCAGGUUAGAAUUAGAAGAUAAAAUGAAGUAGAUUUGAGUGCAGAAGUAAAUGUCUAUUGUAUCUGUGUCCAACUGACCUGUGUGUUUUGUAACCACAACAAGCAGCAUCAUGUUUCCCAGCUAUAUUUUAGAAACACUAUGUUGUUUUUACCAACUUUAUGAGAAUAAUAAUGGAUUUAACUGCUCCUGAAAGGUGCUUGGACCCUGAAGUGCCUGAUUAAUCUACAGGAAAGGCACAACACAGUCUUCAGUGGCAGCACUAAAGCAUGUGUCAUAGUUGACAGUGACUAAUUGUAGAAACAGACCAUUGAAAGGAGUGGAAAUAAUACAAUGAGAAGCCCAAAGCAAAAGGAAAAGAUUGAAUUCAAAUUGAAAAGGAAUCUGUAAUGUUAUUAACUGCUAGACUCAAUGUAUUAAAGACAAAACUACUGGCUUCUUUUUUUUUCACGAUUGCUGGCUAUAGCUCCUUCCAUAUUUGGUUUCCUAUUUUAGCCCACGUCAAACAAGACUAACUUUAGGGAAGGCUUGAGCAACAGCCUCUGAAAAUCAAACUCCAGUUUGAUGUAUCUGCUUGGCCUUUGAAAAUUGUGAUAAUGAAGCCCAUUCUUUCUUUUAAAAAAGUAAGGCAAUAACCUUAUAAACCUUCAGAUUUCUCAAUACAUACACAUAUACAGGAAGAAGAGGACACUGGCUACUACCACAGGUGUGCAGGACCUCCUUCAGGUGGUAGUUAUUGUGUAUUCCUUUGUACACUGGCUCAGAAUGCUCAUCUUCAGAGGAAGAGCUGCACAUUGAAAAUGCACUUCUUGAUGUCUCUCCCAAUGCUACUAGAAAAGGUACUAAUUAAAUCCUUUCUAAUGUG